UCAUUAGACACAAAUGGGGAGGAGAGAUCGCCAUUAAAAUCAGGGCAAAGCUCAGAGCCACUGAGAGACAGUGAGAGGACUGCAUUGGGGAAUAUCUGCCCAGGGAAUACAAUCUGUUUUCAGCCCAUUAAGUUGGAUAAACAAAUGGCUUACUGUUGGAGAUGCCAUGGACAUCAUGAGGAAGACUAGGAAAUCAAUAACUCCAGAAGGGUGGUAAGGAACAUUAAUGGGAUGCCGUGAAAUGUACUUGAAGACUCCAAGAGCCUCUCUCAGUGCAACCCUUGUCUGGGCCUCAAUUGAUGUUGUGGAGCAGUGGUGACGCCGAGACUGGGCGAGAUGGGUAACGCCAUGCGAAGCGUUAUUGCCUUCAUUCCCUCAGAGCGCUGUCAACGUUUCCUAGUGGGGGACCUAAAGGAGAUGCCGCCCGAUCGGACCCUGGAUCUGAGCAGCCGGCAGCUGCGCCGGCUGCCUGUUGCUGCCUGUGCUUUCAAUGAGCUGGUGAAACUCUACCUGAGCGACAACAACCUCAGCAGCUUACCGGAUGAACUGCAAGGCCUGAAGAAGCUGCAGCUCCUGGCCCUCGACUUCAACUGCUUUGAAGAGCUCCCUGUAGUUGUUUGCAGAUUGCCCCAGCUCAGCAUCCUUUACCUGGGUAACAACAGGCUUUACAGCCUCCCCAGAGAACUGAGAGAGCUAAAGGAACUCAGCACACUGUGGCUGGAGACUAAUUGCUUCACCGUUUUCCCCAAGGUGGUUUGUGAGCUGUCUAAUCUCAAGACCCUGCACCUUGGUUAUAAUCAGAUAGAGAGUUUACCAAAAGAGCUUGGAGGGCUGGAAGAGCUAAGAAGUAUCUGGCUUGCAGGGAACCAGCUGGCAGCGUUCCCACUAGUGUUGCUGGAAAUGCAAUUUUUAGCUGUCAUUGAUGUGGAUCGGAAUAAAAUACGCUACUUCCCAGGCCUGGCUCACAUGCAGGGGUUGAAACUUGUCAUCUAUGAUCACAACCCCUGCGUUAAUGCCCCUGUAGUGGGCGAGGGAGUCAGAAGAGUCGGGCGCUGGGCGGACAGCUCGGAUGAUGAGCAGGAAGACGACGGGUCGAAAGUAGCCAGCGAGACCACAGCAGAGGUCACGGAAGUACACCCCGAGGAGGAGCACAACAUUUAGGUUUAAGGAACAAAGUGACCCUGAGCCGUGGCGAGGCCUGGCAGUACAGAAUGACGUUCAAGUGGGACACUUAACGCUGGGUGGUGUGGUCUUCAUCAGGCUGAUGGCAUUUUGUCUAUAUAUGGUAAAGCCAAGUUGUUGU